AUGUUCAUGUUUGACAAGAUAGCUUUUUCUAUCCUUAUAGCUUUGAUCAGUUAUCAAGUGAAUGGAUUAACUCAUUAUCCACCUAGUAAUACACCCAAUACGGAUUUAUCACAAGUGCUGAAUGGGACAGGUGCACCUGGUAAUUAUUGGUCUUCGAAUACUCCUGAUGAGGAAUAUGGAAGCUAUAAUUGUAAGUCAGAGCACUUUGGAUUCACCCAGACAUCCAGAAUCAGUUAA